AAAAAUGUAUAAGUUGAAAGUGAAUUUUCUGUAUAAUGAAAAUGGGCUUUAUAUAUUGUCUAUAUUUUAAGUAUAAAAUGGCUAUAACAUCAUCAGCAUCUUGUGAUCAUUGUAAAAAAUGUUCAAAAAUAAAGAAUAUUAAAAACAAGGUGUCGAUUGGGAGAUUACAAAAUCGUUGUUUAUUUAAUAUUUCGAAGGUAUUGAAGGGUAUUUUUGAAAGGAAUACUUGUAGUGAAAGUAACAGUUUUAAUAGAGCAGCUUAUAUUUGUGUUGGAAAAAGAGAAAUAUGAAUGGUUUUUAGAUAGUUCUUUAUAUUUAGAAAAUAGGGUUUAUUGGUAUAAAAUGAAAUGUUUAUCACCAGUUUUAUCAAGUAAACGAAGUAAUGAUGUUUUUGAUAUUUCUCAGAAUAUUAUCUGUUCAGGUCAUAAAAGACUUCGAAAUUCAGAUGCUUUUUGUGAAUUUUCUCAAAUGUCUAAUUUUCAUAUAUUUCGAGACAAAUUUUAUAUUUUGAAAGAAUAUAAUAAAAUUUCUCAUUCAUGGUUACUGGCAGAGUCAUCUUUAUCAUACCUAUUAAAUAAACAUAAUUCUACGAUGGAUUCUAAAUUUAUUCCAAUAUUAUUACAGGAUUCAUUGGAGAUGGGUCCUCAUGGCUCUGUUUCUUUGAAGAUUCCUAUAUUUUUUUCUGCAGCCGAUUAUUCUAUGUUUAAUUCAUAUAUUAGCCCACCUGUUACUCAGACUAUCUUGCGAAAACUUGAACUUCAUGAGAUUUUUAAAAAUGUCCAGUUUCGUCAUGAUAUUGUUCAUGAACCAAAUCUUCAGUUUCGACCUAAUCUUGAUGGAGAAAGUGGUAAAAGAAAACGUUUUCUUGCAAGUAGAUAUUGGGAAUGUUUGCUCAAGGAAAUUGAACAGGUUCGCUUAUUUCAGGUCAAACAGAUGAAUGGUUCAAAUAUUUGUCAUAAAUAUCCUUGUGUUACUAGAAUUUUUGUUUUAUUUCUUGAAUUGGAAGAUAUUUUACUUAAUCUUUUGCCAUCUUCUAGCAGAGAGUAUAUUAUUGAGAUCUUGGAUCCAGAUCUUAUAGUUCAAGAACUCCUUCAUAACUUAUUUGAUGUUGAAAAAUUUAUUGAACAUCUUGCUUGUAUUUUGAAGCAGCAUUGUGCUCCUGUAAGGGAUGUGUUGUUGGAUAAAAUGGUUCAAAAAGUUAAAUUAGGAUUUAAAAUUAAUGAUCUUUUAAAAUUUGUUGAUGGACUUAGAAUGGGCUUUGAUAUUCUCGAAAUGAUGAAACUUGAUGUUGCUAAUCAUCAACUUCGAGUAUUAAGAUUAUAUUUUUUGGAAACUGCUGUGGAAUUUGAGCAAAAAUGGUUUAUUGAUAGAAUUAGUUGGGGUAGCAUUGAUAUUGAUGAUGCUUUGUCUUGGUAUUGUUAUUUUCAUGAUUCUCUUAUAACAUCUGACUUAAGGGAUUUUGAUUACCGAAAAGCAUUUGUUAAUGGUAUUAUGGCAUCUAUUGCAUAUGUUUCGUUGUUUAAUUUCCCCUCAACAUUUGUAUUUGAUAUGCCCCGUCUUAUGUCGCUUCGUUAUAAUAUUCGUGAUAUUGUUUCUUUUCAAUUAAUUAUUCUUCUUUUUUGGCAGCUUUUUAAGAAGCAAACUAUUGAAGUUUCAAAAGAUGAUAUAUUAGAGUUUAAACAAGAAUUGUGGCUUAUUGUAGAUAGUGAAUAUGGAGAAAAUAAAUGGGUUAACAAUAUUUCAUCUAUUACAAAUCGAAUUGCUAAAUAUGCUAAUAAAACAAAAUUAAUCUCUUCAAAUAAUAUUUUAAAAUUAAAGGAGUUUGGUAUUAUAGAAAAUUGGCUAUAUAAACAUCUUUUUCCUAUGUCUUCAUUGUACCGUCUAGUUGAAAGUCGUAUUCUUAAAUCAAUUGGUGAUAAAAUGUUUAAAUCAUUAUGUUUUUCAAAUCCAAACAUAUUGGCGCCUAAUGUUCAACGGGAAUUAUAUAAUAUGCAUGCUGACAUGGUUAUUGAAAAAUUGACUAAAAUUGUUAUGUUUCAUUGGAAAGUAUUUGGGAAAUGGUAUAUUGAAUAUGCAAAAGAUAGAUCUAUAUCCAUAUAAUCUAAGCUAGCUUUGAAGCUUUUAUUAAAACUGGGAUGACUUGAGAAAAAUAAGAGUGCAGUGUUUAUAAAUAAUUAAUUAUAUUAAUAUUAUAGAAAACAUUAAAUUUUCAAUUUGCUU